ACAAAUGUGCGGCUCCAAUUUCAGAUCCUGAAAUCUCACCUUCAUCUCACUUCUCUUCCCUAGAGAACAUCUUAAGUAAAAAGCGGCACAAGUUACCCCACUCUCCCGUAUAUGUAAACAGAACCAAACAAGUCGGCCGGCAGGCAAUUUUGUCACUGUAGUGUUGGGGAGGAGCUAUUGGUUGAAGAACAACUACACAUGGUGCACACAUCCUACUGAAUUGCCGGUUUUAAUUACAGAGGCUCGAAGGAAGACAGUCAGGUCCGCGUGAAUGACUAAUAUCUGACAAGGAUACGAAAACAACCCCGAAGACGCAACACACACCCGAAUGUUGCUGAGCGACAGCUCACAAUCACAUUGAACACCAGCGCUCCGUGCACUGGAAGGUCACGGAGAAGCAGUGGCUCCGCGUGAGGGGCAACUGUCUGAGACGCUGGGGAAAACAGCAGGGUAGACUGGCACAAGGGGGAGGGGGAAUAAAGGAGGGGUGUGAGCCAGCUUGUCAUUUAUCAGUAUUUUUAUCACACCGUGACUAUUUCAAGAGGAGGGAGGUAGCAGCCAGUACACAAAUAGACGCCAGCUGAACAUCCCCCCAUCGGUGAAACACUACGACGCUUCAGCCUCAGAGAGACUGAGACUCCCGUGUCAAGCUCAAACUACAGAUCCUUCAGUAUCUGGUUAGGCUACAAAAGGCAAGACUGAAAAAAGCAAAGAGGAUGAGGAUACCAUCACCAGGCUCUCUUUGCUCAGCCCCAGAUGCCUCCGCUCCCUCUUGACGAGCGCAUAGUGGUUAUUCAGCGCCCCAAAAGUUUGGCCUUGCGCGUGGCCUCCCCACCAACCACUUCACAGUCUUCCUCACACCGCCCAGCCACUCACAACGAGCCCCCGCCCUGCUUACCACAACCCCAACCCCCACCACCCCGUUCCCAUCCAGGUUCCAACUACCUGUCUCUGGAAUGCAAGCACAGGCAAUCAUCCCAUGUUCAUAGAGAUAAAGGAGAACGAGGUGCUCCCUUUGAGGGCAGCGGCCACAAUGCUAGCCAUUGUCACAGCAAUGGGACAGUAACUUUAGGUCCCACACCUCACAAGCACACACAUACCAUUGACAUUAGAGUGUCUUUGGACAAAGGUGGAAGAGGAGGAUCUUACACAGACAAAGGCCGCAGCAGUAGUCUUACCCGAAGUGGAAGCAUCAAAGGGAACAGAACUAAACGGGUGUCCCUGCACUUGGAUCCAGGGCAAGGCGAAAGGAAAUGCAAAGGAAAGUCUUCCGAAUUAGUGGAGAAGCACCACCAGAACCUUCAUCAGAGUCAAAACCGGACUCAACACAGUAGCCAUCAUCCAAACCAACUCACAGUCUCUCCUGGAGGGAUCUUGGAAUUUGUACCAGCGCAGAGACAGCAGUCAAAAUCAAAGCCAACAAGAGAGAGAGACCUGUCAUCAAAGUCUUGCUCUGCAACUGCCAGCCACCCAUUGCACAGUGAGAGGGACGUAUCAUCUGUAGGAAACAAAGAAAACUCCAAACUGGGACCCGGCCACCAACUGCCCCACGCCCACAGCCUAUCCCGUCACCACAGUUCAGCCCCAUUACCCCAUGCUGCCAUCCUAAACCCUCACUACCCGGCUGUACCACCCUCACUCCCUUCCCGAGCCCCUUCCUCCUACCAGCACAUCAGUCAACCCCGUCCCUCACGCACUAGAGAACAUCGGCCCCAAAUUCUUCACGCUUUGCCCCUCUCCCCUACUUCCUCCCAAGGAGGCUUCCCCAGUCCUGACCACACAUGUACGAUUGACUUUUCCCACCCUUGUGGCUGUUGGAGGUUGGUGCGUUGUAGAAGAGGUAGAGGUCACUCGGCUGGCUGCCACGGUCGUAGUACAAGCCCAUCCUCUUCGUUUUCCCACGCCCCAGGAACAAGUGCUGCCAACGGAGGUGGCGGAACCAUGGGAUUGAAGACUUUAGGAGGAUGUCUGUCAACUGCUUCCACCACCAACACCUCCUCUUCCAACAGCACUGUCUCGGACUGUCGCACAGGGCUGCUCAGACCUUUGGGUUGUGCAUCCUGUUCUGGAGAAGCUGGAGGUUUUGAGAGCCCUGCUGCUUUCCGUAAGAAACUGGUUGGGGGUUGUUUACCCUGCACUCCCCUGUCCUCAUCUGCACCUCUUCGAGCACUCCAGAGUUGUGUCAGUGGAUGUAAUCCCAAAGCAAGCCAAACUGGCAGCUCCACAUGCAGUUACUGCAGUAGUGACCCCAUUGUAGUGACCUUUAACCCACACAGAGGGAAUCCUCCCAACAUGGGGCGUAAUAUUGGUGCACAUACUAUGGGAGGAUACCAGCCUGAUGAUGAUGAUUACAGUGUACGCACAAUCUGGCCGGAGGAGCUAGCGAAGAAGAUGACUCGCUCUAAAACCCAACCUAUCCAUCAUAAUGCAGGUAUUGGAAUGGGCUCAGGGAGAACCUGCAUGGGCCACAACCAGAAUAGUGGCAAUGGUGGCAAUCCUGUAAUCCUGGACUGUCGGAACCUUAUGGAGUUCACUCGUUCCCAGUUGACAGAUCAGGCAGGACGACGAAGGCUCCAGCAAGGCAAGAUGGCAGUUUUGGACUUUAUCGGAUCAGGGAAUAGUGGGGACCAGGGUAGAGAUUCCCUCAAGCGGCUUUGGAACAAAGGAGCAGAUGCUUGCAUGGGGGAUGGCAACGGGUUUGAUGACGAAGUGCUUCCACAAUCCCCAUCCCUCCGCUCUCCAUCUCCAGAUUCCACUCCAUCCUUCUCACCCCCACCCUCUGCUCCUAGCACGCUUAUUAAGCCCAAACCCAAACUGCGAGAGAGAGAGGGUGGACACACCUUACCCUCGGCACAGUCGCUCCACUUGGUCCUCAACUCACUCAACAGAGAACAAGAUGAGGAAAAUGGACGAGUGCACCUUUCCCUCCCUCUUUCCUCAUCCCUCCCAGCGUCACUAUCUGAGGAGAGUGUCAUGACCCCAGAUGUGGAAAAUGCUGUGAUCAGCCCUAUCCUCCCUUUCCUUUUCCUUGGAAACGAGAGAGAUGCACAGGAUUUGGAUCUACUGCUUCGUCUCAACAUUGGUUUUGUGGUCAAUGUCACAACCCAUCUUCCCCUCUACCACUUGGACACAGGCUUGGUACAUUACAAAAGGCUCCCUGCCACUGACAACAGCAAGCAGAACCUACGACAGUAUUUUGAAGAGGUCUUUGAGUUUAUCGAGGAAGCUCACCAGUGUGGACGGGGCGUUCUUGUGCACUGCCAAGCAGGUGUGUCCCGCUCAGCUACUAUAGUCAUUGCUUACCUGAUGAAGCACACCCUCAUGACCAUGACUGAUGCCUAUAAGUAUGUGCGCGGUCGGCGGCCAAUAGUCUCCCCCAACCUCAACUUCAUGGGCCAGCUGCUAGAGUUUGAGAGAGACCUCAACUCUGGGGUAACACCUCGCAUCCUCACCCCCAAACUGAGUGGCCUGGAAACACAAGUUUAAAAGGGUGACGCAAGAAAGAAGAUUGUGAGAAAACAAGAGGGGAGAAGGGCAUAAACAGAAGAGGGAAUUGAUGGAAAGAAAUGGAUGGAUAAAAAAAUAAGGCCGUUCUCCCCCGUGAGAAUUCAGUGCCCACGCUGCUUCAGAGAGAAGACGGACACGGCAGCCUGUGUUGGUUUGACCACAUACUUGUGUGUACUUUGGACAAAUGAUGGGGCUUCAUCCUUUUUCCUGUUUAAAACUUUACUGUGAGAGACUGUGAUACUGUUGUGAAGCAAAAAAUGAUUAAAAGUGUUAGGCUGAUCCUUGCCGGUAAUGACUAUGAGAAUAACGUACCUCUUAAAAAAAAAAAGAAAGAAAAG